GGCAGAAACAGCUGCAAGGGAACAUAAAAUCGGAGGAGGUGGUAGCCAUAAGGUCCCUGAAACUUGUUUUGCAAAUCAAAGUGAGAUCCAGAAGAGUUUUAAGCGGAUAUUAGCUUCAAGACACUUGAAGAAGCCAGAUAUAUGACAACUACUUAUUCUGAGUCUGUAACUGGAGCAGCUUCAAUUUCAUCUAUGCAUUCCAUAAUCUUUUGGCUAUUUUUACUGCUAUCAGUGUUUGCUACAACUGUGAAAGGACAUAACAGACUGAAAAAGAGAAGUAUUUUGAACCUGACCAGUAUGAUUAAGUGCAGCACAGGCCGCUCCAUAUCGUACGUGGUGUACGGUUGUUACUGUGGACUUGGAGGGAAAGGCUGGCCACGGGAUAGUACAGACUGGUGCUGCUUUGCUCAUGACUGCUGUUAUGAGAGAGCUGAGCAGGCUGGUUGUCAGCCCAAGUUUGAUCAAUAUGAUUGGUAUUGCCAAAAUGGUACACCUGGAUGUGAAAGACUGUAUAACAAUUGUGAGAAGAUGAUUUGUGACUGUGACGUACGAUUGUCAAGAUGUUUAAAGAAGGCGGUAUAUCAGUACCGAUUUGCUCUGUGGCCCAAUUUCCUUUGCGGGAAAAGAAGACCAAGUUGUUCCAAAACCUGGGGCAUAUUCUGAGAAGUUAACCUUACACGAUCAUGAAACUAGCUUUGAUUUGAUUUUGUAUUCAAGGAAUCAGUAAUUGUAAUGCUAAAAAUGAUUAAAAUUUGCAAUCUUUAAAGAAGGGCAAUUCAAAAUUGUAGUCAAGCUGCCACCAACAAUCCAAAAUUUAAAUUUAAUCAAUAGCAAAUCACAAGCUGCAUUGCCAUGAUAUGCUUCUUUUACGUAAAUCUAACUGAAGGAGUACAGGGUUGUGGAUUCUGGCCCAUCCCUGUGAAAUUGAUUAUGAAGUCAGAGUGUAUUUGGACUUCUAAAUUCUAGCAUUUAACACAUCCAAAGAAAGGGAGGGCAUCUUUGCAGAAAUGGAGUAUCCUUAACAUAGCAAAAUAUCCCAAGUCAUGAUUACAAUUCUAUGUUUCAAGAUGUUGAGACUGACAAGAAAAAUCUUGCGUUUAAAAGGGAAAAGAGAGAGAUAAAUUUAGGAAGAGACCUCCAGAGCAUUGGCCCAGGCAGCUGAAGCUGGGUCCACUGAUUGAGCAAUGAUUAUCAUCAGGGAUUGAAGCAUCAUGAAGAUCUCAGAGGGUUAAGGACUGUAGAUAAUCAGAAAGGGUCAGCAUCUCUUCUAGGUUUAAUGAUAGUUAGACCUGGGCUUUGGGAAACAUAAUAGUAGAAGGGAGAUAAGGUCUUUGAGUAGAGGAAAUAAGCUUUGUUUUCAAACGUUGCUUGUUGCUUGUGGCUGAAAACAAGCAAGAGUGUUUCCUCCUAACAUUUCCAAGCUAGCUAGUUUUCCAUCCUGGGAUCAGACUCAAACUAUUUACAACCUAUCUCUCCUCCUGGAUUUGAAUCUCCCCUAAAGAUAUACUCCUCAUCAUGUGAUCAGUCCUACCGCUCAGUGAUCAGGCCUUCCUCCAUGCAGAGUGUCUCCUAUAGUUAGAACAUCUCCUGAUGGUUACUCACCACUAUCCAAUCCCCCUCAUCAUUAGAAACUCCAAGACACCUUGAUCCCUUGUCAUAUAGCUCAACAACACCCCAAUAAUCAGCCCACCAUUUUUUUUUCAACCACAUGGCAUUCAUCCACCCUCUCAUUUAUCUACUCAAGCGGCAAGCCAUCUGUAUCCUCCCAGCAUGUGACCACUAUUGCAAUGUUCCCCAUUUACAACAGAGACUGAACUGUCUACCUCCAAGUGAAAAAUCAUUUGAAAAAAAAAUAUAAGCCCUAUAAAUUUAUUAGCAGAUUUCAGCUUAGCCCAUUGCCCACACCCUCUCUCCUUGUUUGGAAACUCAAAAACCAUGCUGCUGGAAGAAUUGGGGUCUAUGGAUUCUGCCAACACAACAUAAAUAAACAUGUUUUAAUAUUUCUCGAUGCUAAGUAGUUUAAGUCAGUAGCCUGAAGGUGUAAUGCAUGAACAAUAGUAAAAAAAAGAGCUGCAGAUUAAGUUAAUAAAUGGCAUGACCAUAAAAUUCAACUAAUGCCUGGACUCAAAAUAUGGGAGCUACAAGAGUGAUUGACAACUUGAGUUUGAUGGUGGGAACUGCUUGCCAUGUAGUGUAAGCUGGAGUAAUGGGCUAUGUGAUUUGCACAAGGCCAUUAUGCCCUUUUACGCUGAAUGACUUGUAUAUCAUAAUCAAAGAUACAAUUAGAACAAGAACUUAUUAGGAAAACAAAUCUUAAAUGUCAUUCUAUUUUGUUCAGAUUGUAAAAGGAAUUGCUGCCUGUCUGUUCUUUCUGUUAAGUACUACUUAGUUCUAAUUAUUUUCUCUGUUCCAAUGUACUUUCAGAUCUCAAGUUAUGAUGUGACUCAACAGCCAUAUUUUGUUUUGCAAAAUAA